GUUUAUUUUGAGAUGUUUUUGCAAACAGUUUCGAUAUUUUUGGCUAUUUUGGCUCUUGCCAGCAGCCACGUCAUUAACAGUGAUGAGCAGCUGCCAAUUUUUGAAGCUUCAGAUUCCACAAACAUAACAGAAGCCAACAUUGCAUGCACAAUCGAUAUCCAUACACAAACUGGAACUCCACAGCCUGUUUACAUCCGUCCUGGUACGAGUCAGUUCUUUCAUCCAUCAAAUCGUAAUGGACAGAUUCAAAUGACUGCAAAUCAAGCUAUUGAAAUGUGGUGUUCAGGCACAUGGGCAAGUCCAUCAGGUGCUCCAAACUUAAUCACAGCUACAUGCGUCAGUGGACAGACAUUUAGGUAUAACAAUGCAAAUUUCAAUUUCAACAACUUUCGGUGCUCUGGAUGGCCUGCAUGGACAGCACGUCGAUCAACAGCAAGAUGCUUCAAUAAUGCAAUUUUAGUUGACUUUGGCUUUCAAGUUGCCACACGAUGGCUGCAAAUUUACAGAGUUUGUCAUGAUUUAGUGCUUGAAACGAAUUGGUUUGCUCAUUAUACAUUCACACCAGUUUCUGAUGCUAAUCAAAGGAACGUUGAACGUCCUUCAUGGACACAAGCUGGCUUUUAUACAUCCCUCAAUGUCAAUGGACUAUACACAAGACUUACCCAAAGGUCGACAGUAGCUACAAUCUUAGGUGACCAAACAUCUGCGAAUAGAUUUAUUGAAAAUGAUCCAAGUGAUGUGUUUAUGGCACGAGGUCAUAUUGCAGCCAUGACUGACUUCAUUCUUGCCACAGAACAGCACGCAACCUUCCAUUUCCUCAAUGCAGCACCACAAUGGCAGACAUUUAAUGGCGGCAAUUGGGUGUCAGUUGAGAUCUCAUCAAGACGACUUGCAGCUGAUCGUGGAAUUAAUUUGGAUAUUUAUACUGGAACUUGGGGUAAUGGACAGUUGUGGAAUACAGCAGGAAGUAGACGAAGUAUUUUCUUGGACUGGCCAGCUCAAAGGAUUCAAAUGCCGAGAAUUUAUUAUAAAGUUUUAAUUCAUCAAGCUAGUUUGAGUGGAGUUGUGUUGAUUGGCGUCAACAAUCCUCACUUAACCUUAAACGACAUCCAAACUCGUGGAUACAUCAUCUGCCCAGACGUGAGCAGUCAAAUCAGCUACGUCACAUGGUCACGAACCAACUUAGUCAGAGGAUUUUCCUACGCAUGUGAAGUUCAUGAAUUUACAAGAAUUGUUCCACAUAUUCCAGCAAUCAAUAACAUUAGAUAUAGAUUGUUGACAUAAAGUCUGGCUGUGGGCGCUAUACAAAGGUCAAUUUGAGAUAAUAAUUGUUGAUUUUUUUAUAGAACAAAAUAAAGGAAAAAGAACGAUAAGAACUGAAAUAAAAAGAAAAUUUUAAUUGAUUUUUAAUUCAUUUUUAUUUCUCACACAAGCUUAUCAUGUAAGUAAUCGAUACCUAAUGUUAUUUAUUGCAGGGAUGUGAGAAACAACUCGAGUAAAUUCAUGAACCUCACAUGCAUACGAAUAUCCUCGUCUCAAGUUAGUUCUCGUCCAGCUGAUGUAAUUAAUUUGAUUGCUGACAUCAGGACAGACAAUAUAUCCACGAGUUUGGAUGUCAGUCAAUGUUAAAUGUGGAUUAUUGACGCCAAUCAGCACAACUCCACUUAAUGUCUCUUGAUGAAUUAGAAUUUUAUAGUAAAUCAUUGGCAUUGGAAUUCUUUGAGCUGGCCAGUCCAAGAAAAUAUUUCUCCAACUUCCUGCUGUGUUCCACAAUUGUCCAUUGCCCCAUGUUCCUGUAUAAACAUCCAAAGUCAGUCCUCGAUCAGCUGCAAAGCUUCUUGUUGACAUUUCUACUGCCACCCAGUCACCAUUAUUGAAUGUUUGCCAUUGUGGUGCAACGUUAAGGAAGUGGAAGGUCGAGCGUUGUUCUGUGGCAAGAAUGAAGUCAGUCAUUGCUGCCAUAUGACCUCUAGCAAGGAACACUUCGCUAGUUUCCUCAAUCCAACGAUCAGCAGCUGCUUGAUCACCUAAGAUUGUUGCUAUUGUUGCCCUUUGUGUAAGUCUUGUAUAUAAAGUGUCAACAUUGUUUGCAGUAAAGAAGCCUGCUUGUGACCAGGACGGACGUACAACAUUUCUUUGAUUAGCAUCUGAUAUUGGAGUCAGUCUGUAUUGAGUGAACCAAUUAGUCUCUAGUGCUAGAUCAUGACAAACUGUGUAGACAUGAAGCCAUCUUGUGGUAACUUGAAAUCCAAAAUCAACUAAAAUUCCACCAUUAAAACAGCCUGUAGUUGUUCGUCGUGCUGUCCAUGCAGGCCAUCCCGAACAUCGGAAGUCAUUAAAGUUGAAAUUAAUUCCAUUAUAUUGGAAUGUCUGUCCACUGACACAUGUUGCUGUUAUUAAAUUUGGUGCACUAGAUGGACUUGCCCAGGUCCCUGAACACCACAUCUCCAUAGCCUCAUUUGCAGUCAUUUGAAUCUGUCCAUUGCGAUUUGCUGGAUGAAAGAACUGAUUUGUACCAGGACGGAUGUAAACAGGCUGUGGAGUUCCAGUUUGUGUGUGGAUAUCGAUUGUGCAUGCAAUGUUGGCUUCUGUUAUGUUUGUGGAAUCUGAAGCUUCAAAAAUUGGCAGCUGCUCAUCACUGUUAAUGACGUGGCUGCUGGCAAGAGCCAAAAUAGCCAAAAAUACCGAAACUGUUUGCAAAAACAUCUCAAAAUAAACUGAAGGAACCGACGAGAAAUGUGAGAAAUUUUAUACUCGC